AUGUGGUACCAAUUUGUCCGCGACUCAUUUUAUGGCCGCUCGGUGUAUCAUCUCUCCCAGCAUAAAUACUUCUCAUACAAAGAAGAGCAACCAAAAUACGAAGUCGAACGCAAGUACCUCACCCAUGAGUACGCUCCUUCCAAAGCAUCGGUAACCAAUGAAGCUACAGGCCAAGUCUGCGACCUGCUGGACCUGCUGAUAGCGUGUGAGAAGAUUGCCUCAACCCCUCAAUCGCUGGUGAUUUUAGUAACGUGGGAUGGGGAUGAUGACCCCGAAAAUCCUCGUAACUGGCCGGUGAUGCAAAAGGCGUUUUUCGUCGUGCAAAUUGCAUUCCUUACCAUGUCGGUGUACAUGGCUCUGGCGAUAUACACCCCCGGUUAUGAUCAAAUCAUGGCCCAGUUCCAUGUCGGGUCAGUAGUGGCGACGUUACCCCUUACCCUUUUCGUCAUUGGCUACGGUGUCGGCCCCAUGUGGUUUCUGCCGAUGCUGGAAAACGCUCGCUUUGGCCGAACCCUGAUUUACAUCACAACAUUAUUCCUUUUCUUCAUUUUACAGAUUCCUACGGCUUUAGUGAAGAAUAUCGCCGGGUUGUGUAUUUUGCGGUUCCUCGCAGGGAUUUUUGCCCUGCCGGCACUUGCCACCGGUGGUGCAUCGGUGGCUGAUGUGUUACCGUUGGCGUGGAUGCCGGUGGGGCUUGCUACGUGGUCGAUGGGUGCAGUUGCUGGUCCCUCGUUAGGUCCUCUUAUUGGUUCAGCUUUAAUUGUCGCUGGUGGUUGGAGAUGGACGUUUUGGUUCAUGGCGAUUCUCCUGGGAUCGGCAUUGAUUGUAUUGACGUUUACAUUCCCUGAACUGUAUGACAAGACUUUGCUUGCUCGUAAGGCUAAACGGUUGAGAGCAAUCACGCAAAAUCCCAACAUUAAGCUGGUAGGCGAGAUUGAAAAUGAAGCGCUUACCACUCACCAGGUGCUUGUGGACACGUUGUGGCGUCCAAUUGAGAUCACGUUGUUGGAACCGGUGGUGUUGGCGGUGAACUUAUACAUUUCGCUCGUGUAUGCCAUCAUGUACUUGUGGUUCGAGGCGUUCCCCAUGGUGUUCGUUGAGGUAUUCCACUUCAAACUUGUGCCGAUGGGCACCACUUUCGUCGCAAUCAUUACUGGUAUUCUUUUGGGGGCAAUUAUUUACGUGUCUAUUAUCUACCACCUGUUCACUAAGAAAGAAUUAGCGGGAACUAAGGUCAGCCCCGAGGUGUUUAUGCCCAUUGCCAUUGCUGGCUCAAUAUUGAUGCCCGUUGGGAUCUUCAUCUUCGGCUGGACUGCGGCUCCUGACCUCCAUUGGAUGGGUCCUAUUAUGGGCGCUGCCACUUUCGCCAUGGGGGCUUUUUUCAUUUUCCAAACGUUGUUCAACUUUUUAGGGGCAUCGUUUGCAUCUGAGUACCUUGCUCUGGUGUUCGCCUCUAACGAUUUUGUGCGGUCUACCAUUGCCGGGGUAUUCCCAUUAUUCGCCAGACCCUUGUUCUUGAACUUGAAAACCAAGCGCUUCCUUGUAGGCUGGGGUCUGUCAGUGCUUGGUUUCAUCUGUGUGGGCAUGAUCGCCAUUCCCGUGACGUUUUUGCUAAUAGGGCCGAAGUUGAGAGCUCGCUCGAAGUAUGCGGCGAAGUGGUAG